AUGGGAGCACCGAGAAGAGCCCUGGUUGUACUGGCCCAUUCAGAGAGGACAUCCUUCAACUACGCCAUGAAAGAGGCUGCCGUGCAGACUCUGAAGCAGAAGGGUUGGGAGGUGGCUGAAUCUGACCUCUACGCUAUGAACUUUAACCCCAUCAUUUCCAGAAAGGACAUCACAGGUAAGCUGAAGGACUCUGAGAACUUUCAGUACGCUUCGGAGUCAUCUCUAGCAUAUAAGGAAGGCCGCCUGAGCCCAGAUAUCGUGGCUGAACAGAAAAAGUUGGAAGCUGCUGACCUCGUGAUAUUUCAGUUCCCGCUGCAGUGGUUUGGAGUGCCCGCCAUUCUGAAAGGCUGGUUUGAGCGAUUGCUCGUCGCAGAAUUUGCCUACACAUAUGCCACCAUGUAUGACAAGGGGCCUUUCCGGAAUAAGAAGGCCUUGCUUUCCAUCACCACUGGGGGCAGCGGCUCCAUGUACUCUGUUCAGGGUGUCCACGGGGACAUGAACAUCAUCCUCUGGCCAAUUCAGAGCGGCACUCUGCAUUUCUGCGGCUUCCAGGUCUUGGAACCCCAGCUGGUAUACGGUAUUGGCCACACCCCACCAGAUGCUCGGAAGCAGAUCCUGGAAGACUGGAAGAAGCGCCUGGAGACUAUCUGGGAUGAGACGCCACUCUAUUUUGCUCCAAGCAGCCUGUUUGAUCUAAAUUUUGAGGCAGGAUUCUUACUGAAAAAAGAGGUUCAAGAGGAGCAGAAAAAGAAUAAAUUUGGCCUUUCUGUGGGCCAUCACUUGGGCAAGUCCAUUCCAGCUGACAACCAGAUCAAAGCUAGAAAAUAAGAUUUUUUUUUCCUGAACAUGUAGCUAAACCUAGUUAUUUUUUUCCAGCUUGUCUGACUUCCUUUUGUUUUUCCCUUUAUUCCACAAAGAUAGGAGAAGAAGUAGGUUCACUACAUACAUUUUUGGAUAGUUCUAUCAUCGAGUGUAUGGCUAUGACUGCAAUAUGACCAAAAUCAGAUUAGGUGUCACAGGUUGCUUGGGAUAUGGAGCAGGAGGGCUGGAAGAUACUCCUCUAGGUCAUCUACACAAUAUAACCCCUUUCUUAGGGCUAGCCCUGGCUACAUGGCAUCUAACUCUCCAGAGAUCUGUUUCUUUUAAUUACCUCUCUGUGGUUUAGGGCAGAGGGGAAUUGCUCAAAGAAAAUAAUGGCUGAGGGACUGACUUGCUUAGCAGUUAGUAAGCUAAAGCCUGUUUAUGAUACAUCCUGGUUUCAAUUACUGUGCACUGACUGACAUGCCUCCCAGGGGGAUUUCUCUCCAGCUCUUCUCGGGCUUGUACACAGCACACACAGGUCCUGGGAAAUGAAUACUAAAACAGGUCUCUGUCUCAUUCUUCGAAUUCAUUUUUUGCAGAAAUAAAUGAACACACAAGGGCAUUGUGGUACAAGCCUUUAUGCCCUUCAAUACUUAAAAAACAAUAGCCCCCUGCUGAGCUGGAGAGAUGGCUCAGCCGUUAAGAACACUUGUUGCUCCUGCCCAGGACCUGGGUUCAGCGUCCAGCUAAGACACCUACAUAGAAGCUAACAGCUGUUUCUAACUCCAGUUCCAAAGGAUCCAGUGCCCUCUUCUGGUCUCUGCAGGCACAGUAUGCACACAGUGCACAGACACAUGCAAGCAAAACAUCCACACACAUAAAAUAAAUCCUAAAUGCCAAAACAAAGCAAAAAAACAUAGCCUUCCACCAAAACAGUUUCAUCUAUACAAAUGUCUUGAAGGUUUUUCUAUAAUAUUGUGAAAUCAAUGACAUUCCUUUCGUAUUUUUAGAGAUGGUUUAUUUUUAAUUAUGUGUAUUAUAGGCAUGUCUGCCUGAGGGUUUGUGGACACGUGAGUGCAAGUGCCCACAGAGGUCUGAAGAGGGCCUUCAGUCACCCAGAGCUAGGGUUACAGGUACCGGUAAGCCCCUGGAAGUGGGUGCUGGAAACCACACUCAGGCCCUUUCCAAGAGCAGAAAGUGCUCUUUAGCUCCCAAACUAUCUCUCGAGCCCUGAUGACGACUUUCAUUUUAAGAGAAUUCAUUCAUAUUUGGAUCUCAUGAUUUGGGGGAUACA